ACCCAUGAACUCCCUUCCUUACAACUUACCAUCAUCUUCUUAAACAAUAUAUCCUUUUUUCUUUCUUUCUUUCUUUCUUUCUAGAUAUAUAACUUGGAUACAGAAAACAAGUUAAGGAAGCUUUUAGCCAUGUCAGGAGUAUGGUUGUUUAGGAAUGGGGUGGUGAAGUUGGUGGAAAACCCUGCAAAUGAACAAUCAUCAACAGCACGUAAGAAGGUUUUGCUCCACACUCCAAGCAAUGAAGUGAUAACUUCUUAUGAAUCUCUUGAAGGAAAGUUAUUAAGCCUUGGUUGGGAGAGGUAUUAUGAUGACCCUGAUCUUCUUCAAUUCCACAAAAGAUCCUCUGUGGACCUCAUCUCCUUCCCAAAAGAUUUCAGAAGGUUUAAGUCCAUGCAUAUGUAUGAUAUUGUUGUCAAGAACAGGGAGACUUUUAGGGUUAUUGAUAUGCAGUAAUUAGGUUGGGUUUCUUCAUAUCUUAUGCACGGAUGCAUGCAUGCAUGCAUGCAUGCAUGCCUGUUUGUUUGGUGACGUACGUGCUAACAAAGUAUAUAUAUAUAUAGUUAGGGUUUGAAGAUUUGAUUUGUUGUAGUACUAGUCUGAAAGGUGUGUUUUGUAUUGUAUGCAUGGUUUUGUGUGUAUGUGUGCAUGUGUGUUGCAAGUGAUUGCAAUAUUAUUAUGGGACUCUUUAAAUUAAGCAAUGAAUGAAUGUAUUAUAUGCUAGUUAGGUCUUGUAUUGAUCUGAUCAAGAAAUUAAAGUGUUGACUCAUUAAUUA